CUUCAGCCUUGUGGUUGUGAUUAUAUGUAUACGUACAGUGUUGCUGUUAAUGUGGCAAUCAGGUACAGUCCAUACCAGUAUAUCACUGAUAUGGCUUGUUGCUAUCUUCACUUUAUUGUAACUUUCAUACCGAUGAACUUUGCCGGUUUGUGGGUUCCUACACACGUCUUAUCUCAUUGUAGUACGAGUCUUAUCAACUUAUCUAUUUGUUGUCAAGAGCUGACUAACCAACGUAAUUUUACAACAGCGUCAGUAAAGUGCAUUUAUCGUUGUAGAAGAGAUAUUUUCACAGUCUUCCGUUAUUUAUUUACUAGUACCAAAAAUUGUGUCAAUCAAUCAUUCAAGAAGAGCUACAAGGCUUCUGCAUAUACACGGUAUUCAACCUCCAACGAAUGGUAUCCUCAUCGUUGAUAUUCAAAGUGUGAUGUGUGCGCUGUAGAACAUCUUUGCUAUUAAUAUACAUUCUUUGUUUAUUUGAAUUACACACGGAGUAUAGCCAGUAGCAGAUACAAGAUCGCUAGCUGGUCUCGAAGAAACGUCGAUCAGUUCUUUUCCAUCUUCUGAAGUUUAACUCUGCAAUAGCUGCACGAAUUUCCAUGAUUACUCACUUUGUACAGUUGACUCAUCCACCUGAGAUAAUAAAAUUGCACUGAACGAGUGUGGCCAACGAAUUUUGUACCGUUAAACAGAGAACAGAUGCCUUACGUUCAACCGAUGAGUGCAAAAAAAGUCUCGCCAAGUGAUUGCGGAAAUUAGCUGCCACAUACGGAAUUGCAUAGGAGUGACUGAGAUGUUGAACGAUGCCGCUCCGAUUUGCCAGGCUAAGGCAACUCACUGCAUGCGGAUGCCCCUACGAUCGACAGAACAGAUUUACUUGGUGUUCUUGAUACCGACGUUGAUAAACUGCGCCAUUUACAUCGUGCAUUUCUCAGCUGAUCUGGUCGUUGUUGAACAACACUUCAGGGAGAGCAAUCCCAUAUGGGGCAGCUGCACCCUUGCCAUUAUGUACGCACCUGCGAUCGCCUAUUUUGUCUUGACCGUAUCGAGGCCUGACUGGUGGAUGAGCGAAGAUGAGAAGAUAUCGAAAGGAGUCGUUACAUGGUUCAUACUGCAGAUUUGCCAGCUGUUUAUGUUCCCACUUUUCGCAUUGUACAGGUAUGCCGGUAUGAUUGUGUUGGCUGUGGAUGCGAUAAUGCUCUCGGGUAUUGAGAGAACUAGAACCCUGACUAUCGCUGCAAAGCCUGCAGCUAUCGAACUGUAUUUCUUUCUCCAAGCAUGGUUUCAAGCAGCUCCGCAGUCGAUCUUUCAGACUCAUCUCCUUUUUAGACAACAGUCUGUUUCGCGGUCAUACCAGUCAAUCGUGGUGCAAAUAUUGAGCAUUUUCAUGUCGAUCGUGGUGCUCUCCAUGCAAACAAUGUCUUUCCAAAGGUUUGAGAGCCAAAGAAUAAAUGGCAGAAAAAUAACGUGGGCAAUGUGGCUGAAGAAGUACCGUGAGCAGGAGCUUCGAGACUUUGCAAAAGAAGAACCGAUGGAAUCGACAACGUUAUUAGAAACAGAUCAGAAGACUGAAGUUUUUAGCGCUGCCGAAAACACAACAGAAGUAGACACUAAGGAGUCAAUUGUUGACGAUCGACUUUUGACUCGACAGAUAUCUACGACACCACCUCUACCUCCAAAAAAUGCACACGCCACACCGCCUCCUACACCUUUGAGAGGUGUUACUAUUGUCACGCCGCUAGAAGUACCUAAAAUACCGGCUCCGCCUCGACCAGAUUCCAUACCACAAAACGAGGAUACUAGUUAUGGACACGAGUCGUUGACCAGGCCAGUGAGUACCGAUGCAACAGGUAUUGGCCUGAAUAAAUCCAUGAGUUUGAAACUGCCCCAAAGACGAUAUUCACAAAAAGGUCUAGACGAAGAUGAUCCUAUGGGCAGAGCAAUAGGUUCUCUAUGGUGGUUUUUAUUCAUCGCACCUCGUAUAUUUUCCAUAGCUGUGUUUUACGAAUUUUAUCCCACAGCAUUGUUUGCAGUGCUGGGUGUCCACUACCUCAUUAUGCUAGCUUAUUUAUUUUACCUCGCCAAGGAUUACACGGCUACAACAUUUUUCAUAAAUCUCUGGUUAGGCUUGGUUUACAUUGUCUCUGUAAUAGAGUAUAAAAUUAAAUUCAAAUAUGCUGAUAAGUGGUUAUUUGGUUACUACACAUUUGUUAUGGUACAAAAUACAUGCUUGACAACUGUAUGGUACUUUCACGCCGAGUGGGACGGAUUUUGGUAUUAUUAUAUAUUUUAUGCAAUCUUUGGCAGCAUGGGACUCUGCGUUAUAUCCACAACGGUUUACCAAGUUUUGCUGAAACCCAAAAAACGGCGAGUUUAUGUUACCUGAUUUUUUCUCUUUCAUAUGGAUAUCCAUGUUUAUUAUACCUCAAAAUGUGACGGCGUGUAACACGUUUUUAUAUCGUAUUAAAUGUAACAUUACAUUUGUACCUGAGAUAUUGUGUUUCAAUUCAUGCGCACUUGUGAUCUAUCUGGUGACAUUAUUAAUCUGAUGUUUAUG